AUGAUUGUUCUCACUCUCACAUUCCAACUCGAACCUCUUGAUAUGACAUGGAAGGAUUGCUUCUUACGAUGCUGGCUGGUAUGUGUCAAGGAGGACGACAAGGAAGAAGAAAGAGACCAAGACAACAACGACGAAAUGCUGCGGCCGUGGAUGGAAGCUUGUCGCGACAUAUUGGAAAACGGGGACCUGUUCAUGUCGACUCCCAAAUUUCCUAUUGAGCUCCUCCCCUGGUUGUACUUGAGCGACCUUCACACGGCUCGCAAAGUACAACUGCUGCGAGAUCAAGGCAUUACACACGUCCUGUCGACCAAUAGGAUGCCUCUCGAGUCGAUACAAGCCAUGACAAGGGAAUACAAGUCGCACGGAAUACUUCACAAGGCAGUGCCUGGGGAAGAUCAUGAUGGGUAUGACAUGAUUGGCAGCCACUGGAAGGACUGCGGAAAGUUCAUGGAACGUGCCAAAAGACGACAUCAACAGCCCAAAGUUCUAGUUCAUUGUGCCCACGGUUCCAAUCGAUCAGCUUUGAUUGCCGCUGCCGCCAUGCUCUUGCUCAAUGACGACAACGACGACAACGACAACAAUCCCCCACUAGUAAGAUUGGUGCGUACCUUGUCCGAGAAGCGGGGGCGAGUCUUGACCAACCGGUCCUUCCAAAAGCAGCUUUGUCUCUUGGCCAAGCAAGAGGGAAAACUAGGCCCCAAGCCGACGAUCAGCAGCAAACAACAACCGAGAACCGAUGGUAAAACGCCAUAA